ACUUGCCAGCAGAGGAGAACAAGAAGGAGUAAUAGGCAAUUCUGUCGCCUUAAAAGUAUCCAAGCUGCCUGGUAAGUAAUAAUUUACUAUGCCAUUGUCUCUAUCUGAGAGUGAGAGUGCUCGGCACAGACGCACUGAUUUCCCACCUUCUCAGGUGUGGAGGGGGGGGUGGUGUUCCACAAAUUAAUUUUGCUGGUAAUUGGCAGCCAAGUUGGAAGGAAGCAAUGCGAUAACGGAGAUGUGUACCGUCCAAUUGGUUACACACUACACAUUGACCCCCGACUGAGCACACAAUGUCCACAGCCCCCCGUCGUUCUAAGAGACUUGAAGCAAUCAAGGAUGAAUUAGCUGUGAGCACCGAGAAACCACAGCCACUCAAGAGUGAGCCAGUCAAAAAGGCUGCUUCCAAAGGCAAAGUCGUCAAGAAGGAAAACAGCAAGGCAAACGGCAAGACAAAAGCAGGUAAAAAGGACACCAAGUCUGCUACAACAGAAAGUAAGGGCAAGUCCAGGUCUGUGAAGAAGGAGCCGAUUGUCAUUGAGGAUGAUGAGAAAGCCAAGGAGGAGGAAGAUGAAGAAGCCAAGACGGAAUUGGAGGAAGGAGACAUUUUGCCAAAGAACCUUGAGUUGGAGACCCAGGACUCAAAGAAGAUCAAUUUACUGAAAUAUGCCAAGGAUGCGCAUAUACUAGUUAUCUUUGCAUAUCCAAAAGCGUCAACCCCAGGGUGUACUAGACAAGCACAAGGGUUCAGAGACGAGUACUCCAAAUUGAACGGUGACUUGAAGGCUUCUGUUUUGGGGUUGAGUGCUGACAAUGCUGCUGCGCAAACCAAGUUCAAGGAGAAGCAGAACUUGCCUUACGAUCUUUUAUGUGAUCCUAGCAAGAAGCUGAUUACUCUCCUCGGGUGUAAGAAGACACCUUCAGGUACGAUCAGAUCACAUUUUAUUUUCGUGGAUGGUGUUUUGAAGGUAAAGAAGGUGAAGAUCAGUCCCGAGGCAAGUUUCAAAGGCGCCCUGGAACAAGUCACCGAACUCUCCAAAUGAGGAAAGAGGGUAACACCUUGUAUCGAUACUCGUACCGUUAUUAUUAUUAUUAUUGUUGUUGAAUGUAGAAUUUAGAAUGUAUACUCUGAUCGCCUAGUUUAUUUAGCUCUAGAAGUUUUCAAAUAAUUACGCUGUACUUGUUUUUGUUUGGAUGUGAGUUUUAUUUGUUGUUUUGCUUUAUAUAUAUAUAAAAGAGGGAAAGGUUGAAAAGAAAGUAGUACAGAUGGAUACCAUGCAAAUUUUCUUAACGGUUGGACUUGGCAACUCUCUCUAAUUCAUCCUUCUUCUUGAUGGCGUAAGAAGUGGAGGAACCCUUAGCAGCGUUGACUAAUUCUUCGGCCAAACAUUCAGCAAUGGUCUUGAUGUUUCUGAAGGCAGCUUCUCUGGCACCGAUGGUCAAC